GAGAGAGAGAGAGAGCGCGAGCGAGCGAAGAGGGCGUGAGAGAGGAGGGAGGCCAAGCCGUACGCGUCGUCUCCUGCUGUUUCUCCCCAUCCCUUUCCUGCCUCGGCUUGCACCUUCAACCUUACUUAAAGCUCUGACCUCAAACUGAAAGGGACCUGCGAAGAGUUUUUUUUGCGGCAGUACAAUGGAGGUAUUUGGCAAAUCUGUGAUUGCUGAGCCCAGCAAUGUGAUUUUCUUGUCCGCGAUCCUUAACACAGAAGGGUCAAACCCUAGUCACAAGUGUGACAAGAGGUGCCAGAGCGAGCGCAUUUUGGGGAACAUGUACCGUUGCAAACUGACUGAAACCACUCACAUCUGUGACAAAAACUGUAACCAGAGGAUUCUAUAUGACAACCAUAACUCGCUCUGCCGAGUGAGUGGGCAGCUUUUUCCGCUCUCUCCACUGGAGCAGCAAGCAGUGAGGGGCAUCCGCAGGAAGCAUGAAGUGGACAGCAGUGAAGGUUGCUGCUUUAAGCGCAGGCGCGGCGCACAGCUGCAUCCUUCCCCCUUCGAGAGGUCCUACUCUGCUGUGUAUCCAAUCCCGAGCCAGGUUGGAGAUGGCAUGGACAUGAGCUAGAGCUAAUGAGACUUCCUUUUCUUCGGCCAGCCACCUAAUUUCGUUCUGUCUACCCUUUUUCCCUACGAUUACAAGAUGGAACUAUAAGAGCUUCCUUCUUUUUAGACUUAUAUGAGACUCCUUAGAUGCACCGAAUAAAUGUUCAUGUAGUAUCUAUUCUGUUUCAUGGGACCUUGUUGUAACUCGUGAACUUUGAUUGAACGCCUAUUUUGAUUUAGUGGUACUUUCAGAUAAUCAUUAGAUUCUUCUCUUUUUUUUGUCACACUUCCAAUUUAGUUAUUUUAUGUGCUUUACUUUUUGUUCAACUAAUUUGCCUUCUAAUUUUAAUCCUUUGAUGCAAUUUAAUAUAAUUGAGAGGUUUACAUUUGUCCGCCAAUGUAAGUAAGUGAAGGAUUCUUUGGUCCUGUAAUCCAGGCACAGGGAACUGACAUGCCUUUGCUGACUGAAGUUUUUGUACAGCUGUUACUAGUGUUUUGCUUGACAAGUUCCUAAUCAAGCUUGAAUCAUUUACGGUUUGUUCCCAUAUAGCUCAAUUCUAUCUGUUGCUUAACUCUUUUUUUUACAGGUUAUGUUUCUAACGCUUAAUGUUUUCCUAUGUUCUUUUUUGUCUUAACAUUUGUUGUAUGCAGGACCAUCCAGGUUCUAAUCGUUUUUUGGGAAAUGUUUUGUUCUUUUUUAUAUAACUAUAUUGCUAACUUAAUUUAAUUUGUUGAUUAAUUUGCCUUUCUUUGUUUUUGCAGGUGAACAUCUCUGAUUCCAUUUUCAUCUGUUGGGUGGCAAGAAACUAAUCAAGGAGUCUCUCUCUUCUCAUUCUCUGCGUGGAGGACUGUUUAGCUGUAGCUGAGUGGCAUGCUUUCCAGAACAUAAAUUGGUGGAAGAGAAGUUUGAUGCUACCACUUUGCGAGAAGGACCGAACCAACACAAUAACAUCAAACUUAGAUACUGCAGUUUACCAACUUUUUCAAUAUUGAAGAUUGAAGAGCAGCAAGAUCAGCCUCUUCCAUAUGCAGUUUGAAGAAAUCCUUUUUAAGGUCUAUUAGACUAGAAUCCUUCCGGCAAUCUUGCCUUCACCCCAAGCAUGCUGCAUACCUUGUAAUGAGUGUGGUACUUGACGACUGUUACCAAAGUUUUUUUGAGGGUAAGACUGUUACCAAAGU